CACACACACACACACAUACAGAUGUGCAUUGGCUUUGUGAGUUCUGUCGGACGCGCGCGCCUCUGCUCCCGGUUCACCGAACUUCGGACUUGGUGCGGGCGCGUGAACUUUAUUUAACGCUCUCCGCUUCCUCAUCGCUUCCUCUCUCGUGUUCUGGCUGUGUGUGAGUGAGGACCGGGCAGCUCCUUCCUGUUCGUGUCUCCCCUUCAGUCCACACCAUCGACUCAGAGCAACACCAUGACAUUAAAGUCCGGUAAAAACGAGCCUGCGGUGGUUUUGGAGAGGGCGAACAGCGCGCGCACGGCCCUGUCGGACCUGUACCUGGAGCAGCUGCUGCUAAACAAACCCAAGGCUGACAAGGCAGCCAGGCAGACAUUUGAAGUAAAGGAGCAAGAUACAGUAUACACUAACGGCAGCACUGGCCAUAUGAACGUCAAAGAAGUGACUAAGAUGCGUGAGGUGGCCUUUGAGAAGCAUCCAUCAGAACCACUGGGUGUGACUCUGAAACUAAACGAGAAACAGAAGUGUAUGGUGGCAAGAAUAUUACAUGGAGGGAUGAUCCACAGACAGGGUUCUUUACAUGAAGGAGAUGAAAUUGCUGAGAUUAAUGGGAAGAGUGUUGCGAAUCAGAGUGUGGACCAACUGCAAAAGAUUCUGAAAGAUACAGACGGCAUCGUCACACUGAAAAUCAUCCCAAAUCAGCAAAGUCGCUCCAUGGUCUGUGAGAUAUAUAUGAGGGCUCAGUUCGACUACGACCCUGCCAAGGACACGCUUAUCCCAUGUAAAGAGGCUGGCCUUAAAUUCAAAACAGGCGACAUAAUCCAGAUCAUCAACAAGAAGGAUCCAAACUGGUGGCAGGGCAGAGUGGACAACUCGGGAAAAGACUUUGCAGGGCUCAUACCGUCCCCAGAGCUUCAGGAAUGGCGUGUGGCGAGCAAGAGCAGCGGCGAGGUCAGUCAGUCAUGUAGUCCUUUUGGCAAAAAGAAGAAAUGCAAAGACAAGUACCUGGCAAAACACAGUUCCAUCUUUGAUCAACUUGAUGUCAUUUCGUAUGAAGAGGUUGUGCAGCUUCCUGCAUUCAAUCGAAAAACACUGGUACUCAUUGGUGCUCCUGGUGUGGGACGGAGUCACAUAAAAAGUUCACUGCUGGCCAAAUACCCAGAGAAGUUUGCCUACCCUGUACCUCACACAACCAGACCUCCGAGGAAAGAUGAAGAAAACGGACAGGAAUAUUAUUUCAUUUCCAACGAAGAGAUGACCAAAUGCAUUGUGGAGAACAAGCUCCUGGAGUACGGAAGUUUUCAGGGCAGCAUGUUUGGCACCAAGAUCGAAACCAUCCAGAAGAUCCAUGAACAAGAUAAGAUUGCACUGCUGGACAUAGAACCUCAGACUCUGAAACUCCUCAGAACAGCAGAGUUUGCGCCACUCGUCGUGUUCAUUGCACCAACCAACACUAGCAACCAGUCAGAGGCACUGCAAGCCAUCCAGAAGGAAUCCGAUACCAUUUUCAGCCUCUACCACCAUUUCUUUGACGUGAUCCUGGUCAACAACGACGUCGACGAAAGUGUGAAAGGUGUGGAAGAGGCCUUAGAGAGUGCCUCCUCCAGCCCACAGUGGGUUCCUGUAUCCUGGGUCUACUGAUUCUAAUCUUGACCACACUCUUCCCCCAAUCCUCCCUCAUAUCAAAUCAAACCCUCACUCUUGUGUAAAUCAGGUGCAAUACCAAGUCAGAAGACGAACCAAGUUGUUUGUCAGUUGAGUCCACUAGCCUCUGGCUAAAAUGUGUAUUUAAAACUUUUUUUAAUUAAAAAGCAAUAAGUUAGAGGUUUUUUUCCAGAUAUGAAUCAGAUAAAAAAAAAAAAAGUUAUAUACAGUGCCAGUUAAGAAAAAAUAAAUCAGGUUGAUGGUGUCAGAUAAACGAUGCAAAAAGGACCACUACUGUGAUAAACACCACUCUGUUCAGGCUCAAACAUGGUUUCAGUGUUCUGGUGUAAUAAUACCAUCAAACUCCACCAUGUAUACACUCGCUGUAUUUAAAAAAACAGGGAAAACAAACAGUUGUUGGUGACGGUUCAGCAUCCGUUGUUCUGGACGUAGCUCAUGGAAGUGUUGCACUUUUGAAAGUGACUGAAUAAAUAAAAAUAUCCAACACUGAA